AACGACCUACAGUUUUAAUGGAAGAUAAACACUUGGAAGAAUUGGAAGAUCUAAAACCUCAAAAAGCUGAUCCUCAAUUUAUUAGAAGCAUUUUGAAAAAUGAAGAAUUCGUAUCAAAUAUACGAGAGGAAUACCUUUUUGUCUUAUUGAAAUAUAUCCUUGAAGAUAAAAAAUAUAAUGAUCUUGAAACUAUUCCCCUAGUUCCAUUAUUUAAUAAUAAAUUCGGAAAAUUUGAUAAAAGUAAAACAUAUUACAUUGCUUCAAAAGAACAAUUUAAAUUAUUUCCUAAUGCUGGUCCACGAUAUUUUAUUCCGAUUGAAUUAUUAAAGUCACAAAAAUUGUUACCAAAUUUUACUGAUGAAGAUUUUCGUAAAGCUACAAACAUUAAAGAGUUUGGAGAACCAACGAUUAAUAGCCUUUUAAAUCAAGAAAUAAAUAUUGCUUUGGAGAGAGAUUGGAAUUCAUCUGGUAUACAGAUUCCAAAUCAACAAUGGCUUAAUGAAAUAUGGAAACGUAUUAUUGACUCGGCCUUAGAACCUUAUAGUCCAUUUCCUCUAUUAGAAGUUUAUGAUCCAAAUAAUCAACGUAAACCUCAACUUAUUAGCUUAAAAAAUGCAGAAUCAAAACCGUUAAUCUAUCAUAAUUCUUCAACAAAUUCUGAUAUAAUUAAAACAUUGGCAAAUCUUGGAAUUCGAUUUACUAAACACCAACCUGAUAAAAAACUAUCUAAAUAUAUUUAUGAAUUAGGACCAUCUAAUGUUUUAUCGGUGAUAAAAAAAUAUCAAUGUGUUGAAAAAAAACUUUUCACUAACAAGAAAGAUAGAGAGGUUUUAUGCCAGUAUUUUUGUAAUGAUAUGAGUUUACAAUCAACUACAUCAGGAG